AUGGCUGCGCCCAUGAGCGCCUUCACCAUUGGAAAUUUGUUCAUGCUUCUGGUGGUGGCUCUCGGCAUAAUCUCGAUCUACUAUGGCCUCCUCUGCAUCUACAACCUCUACUUCCACCCGCUGGCCAAGUACCCGGGGCCUCGGCUGGCGGCGGCAACGCACCUGUGGCUCAUGAGGGCGUACCUGAGCGGCAAGGCCCACCGCCACAUCCACGAGGCGCACAAGCGGUACGGCCCCGUGGUGAGGACCACGCCGGACGGGCUGUCGUACGUCGACGCCAGGCAGUGGAAGGAGAUUUACGGGCACCAGCCGUCGGGCCGCCCCGAGUUCAGCAAGCAGGCCUUUGCGUCCGCCGUCUUUGAGGAGCCCACCCUCCACAACGCCGACAGGGAGUACCACGGCUACGUCCGCAGGCUGUUUGCCCACGGCUUCUCCGAGAAGGCGCUCAAGGGGCAGGAGUCGGUGCUCAAGGAGUACGUGGACUGGAUGUUUGCGGGGAUCGAGCGGGAAUCUCGAGGGGGGUCUAGGCCGGUGAAUGUGGUGAAUUGGUACAAUUAUUUGACCUUUGACUUUAUUGGUUUUCUCACCUAUGGAGAAUCAUUCGACUGUCUCAGAACGUCCUCCCUGCAUGAUUGGAUCAAACUCUUCAUCUCAUUCGGGAAACUGCUGAUCUAUGGCCAGGUCUUGCUCCCGAUCCCCCGCCUCCUCAAGAUCCCAGCCGCAUUGCUCUUGAUCCCUUCCAAGCUGAGGGAAGAUAGGAAGAGAGCCAGUGCUCUGCAAUCGGAAAAAAUCAAACACCGGCUUUCGAUCCAGCCCACCAUCACAGACUUUACAACAAAAAUGGUCGAGGCGUACAACAAUGGAAAAAUGUCAAUGAACCAGCUCGAAGGCAACUCCAUCCUCCUGAUCGGAGCUGGGAGUGAAACCACAGCUACAGCACUGUCAGGACUCACAUGGCUCCUUGCCCAAAACCCCGCGGUCCUGGCGAAGCUCGCGGCCGAAGUGCGGAGCGCCUUCGCCUCGACGGAGCAAAUCACGUCGACGGGCGUCAACUCAUGCAAGUACCUGCUCGCGUGCGUCGAGGAGGCCCUGCGCGUGUACCCGCCGCUGGCGCAGCCGCACUACCGCAUCGUGCCGCGGGGCGGGGCCAGCGUGGGCGGCGACCACCUGCCCGCGGGCGUGGUGGUCAGCGUGCCCAAGUACGCGGCCGCGCGCAGCCCGCUCAACUUCCACCGGCCCGACGACUUUUGCCCCGAGAGGUGGCUGGGCGGGCACGACGGCGAGUUUGCAGGCGACCAGAGGGACGCGUCGCAGCCGUUCUCGGUCGGGCCCAGGGCCUGCAUCGCCAGGAACCUGGCCUACCUCGAGGUCAGGCUCGUCAUCGCCAGGCUGGUCUGGCAGUACGACAUCGAGAACGCGACCGAGGGGGAUUGGUUGGGCGGUCAGAACCUGUGGCAUCUGUGGGAAAAGGGGCCGCUUUGGUUGAGGUUGAAGGCUGUUCGUUAG